UCAACUUUGUCCUGAGAAAGCUCUUUGUUCAAUUGAUAAAUUUGGGUACUUAUUUGUAUCAUGAUUCUUAAUUAUUUUAAUGAUAAUGGAAAUAAAUAAGAAAACUAAUCGUUUUAAUCUUGCAUUAUUAUUUUUAGUGUUAACUAUAAAUACCUCAUGCUCAAUAAAUGAAGAGGAUGGUGACCUCAAUUAUACACUCCAAUGCUUUAAUUGGAAUGCUACUAUUCAGACUAAAGGCAACUCAAUUGCAAACCUUUUUCAAGCAUCAUUGGUGUUACUUCCUGAGUAUAAAAGAUGUUUCACAUAUUACAAUGUUUAUCUUCACCUGCUGAAACCCAAUCGUUUCAAGUGUAAUUUUUCCAAUGGAAUUAUGUUACCACACUCAACAGUUCUAUAUUAUCAGCCGGAGCAAGAAAGUUAUGAAGUGAAUUUCACUGAUCUUAAGGAUGGAUAUUAUUGCAUUUUGAUCGAACCUUGUGCUGGAAAAUGUUAUAAAACAUGGUUAGCUUCAGAUACAGUCAAAAUAGAAGGAACACAAACUGUGACAUCAAAAGAGAAUGUAAUAAAAGAAAGAACAUCAAGUGAAACAUCAGAUAUUCCUUAUAUCUCUGUUGUUUUAAUCCUUACCUUAAUUUUUGGUGUAAUAUUGUAUUGGAAUUACAAACAUCGAAAAGAAAGAAAAAUACCAGAAAGUAUCGUUGAAAAUGAAGAAGAAUUGCCUUUUCUUAAACCAAGUGAUACUGAAGUGUUCAUUCUCUAUCAUUCUGACAAGAGUACCAGGAUUCUUGUGGACCACCUUGCAAAGUUCUUGCAAAAAUAUGCUGAAUUCAAUGUCACAGUAAUUGAUGAUAGGCAUGCUCCAAUUCAUAUUGACCCUAACACCUGGUUAGACGAACACUUGCAGUGCUGCUCUUCAAUCAACGGGAAAUGCAGUUGCAAUAGAAGAAUCAUCAUUGUUAUGACAGAUCAUGUCAUAAGUUAUAUGCACCAUAAAAGAAAAACUGUUAAAGCUCUCAAUGAAUUAGCAAAAAAUGAAGAAAAAAGCUGCACUUUUUCAUCUUGUUCUUCUGAUUAUAAUGAAGAAAAGAAAUUCCCUCUUCCAUCUUGUUCUUCAGAUUAUGGUGGCAUAGAAGUGGAAUGGUUUCGUUAUGGAUUAGACAAGAUCCUUGUUGAUUGGUCUAAAUGUUUAAAAGACUACACCCAUUUCCUUGUAGUUUAUUUUGAUGACACUCUCUAUGAUGAAAAUGAUGAAGCGCUCAUGAUUGCACCUGAUGUUCGAUUUUCCAUUCAACGCCACUUAGUGAGAUUAUGCCUAGAAUUGAACAAUUCAAUUAAUGAUGUUUCACGCAAAGAUAAAUUGAUGAAAUAUCUUGAUAAACAUCCCAUAUAAAAUAUUACUCUAGACAAGGUUUGUAAACAAUGAGAUUUGCUCUUCCUGAGGUUUCAUUCCCAACUUAUGCGAGGUGUCACAAGCUCACUGGAGACUUGGUGCUAGUUCGAGCUAUCGUAUCGUUUCAUAUUUGUAUUAUAAACAACUUUUUUCAAGUCUCGUAUUUUGUUUUAUAUUGUUAUUUAUUUUAAAUAUGAAUUUACUAUUCUAAAGCAGUUUCAUUUAAAACUCUUAUUAAAGAUUUUAGUAGAGAUAUAAGCAAGUAAUCCUAAAUCAAUUAUAAAGGAAAAUCAAAAUUUACCAUCUUACUUUCAAUGUAAAAGUUAUAUCUUAUUCUAAAACUAAUUAAUCCUUUUUUUAAAUUAUAUUGAUAAGUUUUUAAAAAAAUGUUCUAGUCAGAUAGUGUCUAUAUUUAACAUAAAAAGAAUAAUAUUGCUGACAACUAUAAUGUGAAAUGUUGAAGCAUACUUCUUAAGAAUUUGUUUGUUAUAUUACUACUUAUUUGAGCUUUAGAAGAAUAUUAAAUUGUAAAUUAAAUGCUUUAUUACAAUUCAAAAAAGUGACCACACUUGGCACAAUAGUAAAUAUGUCACAUAAUUUUUUUGCUAUGGACAUUAACUGGUUUACUAAUAUUUUGUUCUGUUCUUUGCUGUUUUUAUUUUUUAAAUGUGUGUAAGUCUUUUAAGCACAAAACCUUGUCUCCAAGAUAGACCACCCCAAACAAUGCAUUAGAUUCAAAUCAAUAAAUAGGCAUCAAAUAUGGUUAAUGCAAAUCAAAAUAUGGCAGUAACUUAUUUAAUUUCUGAGGAAUCUAGUGACAAUGGAAGCAAAUUAUUUUUAAAAAUUGAUUUGUAAUACUAUAUAUUGAUUAAAUUAGGUUUUCAACAUUGCCCAAGAUAAUUUUUGUCAUCUUGUUUAUGUUUUGUCUUUGUGUGAAACAUGAAUUUUUAAUUUAUUUUAUAUAAAUACUUUUCCAAUUCCUUUUUUAAAAAAAUAUUUUGAUUAAUUAUAAUGAUCAGUUUUACAUUUGCUUAAUCUUUCAAGAUGUACUGAAUAUACUAUUUUCUCUUUAUACAUAUUUUUUUUAUGCAUUUACUUUAACAUGAAAGUAUUUGAACGAGUUGUAAUCCUUGUUAUUAUAAAUUUUAUUUGCCUUUGAAAUUGAUCAAAAUAUUUUUAUAUACAUUUUCUGAAACAUCAAUAUUUUAGAAAUACAAUACUUUUAAAAAUCUUUUAAUGAUUUUUUUUUUGCUUACGAUGAACAAUGAACAUUGUUUCAUUGAACAAUGUUUGAAAAUAAAUAUCAGGUAUUAAAUUUUUUCUUCAUAUUAUCACACAUUUUAGAUUUUGUAGAAUAGGUGAAUUUGGUUACAAAGAGCAAGUGGGAGCUAGCUUGGAAUUUGGAGAAAAAAAAUUUAAAAAAAGGGUUUCAUCUUAAACAGAUAGUGGAUAUAUUUCCUCCUUUUUCCUAUGGUAAAUUCUUAAUUUUUCUAGUGAUAAGUACCCAUUUUAUAUUUUUGUCAUUGAUAUAAAAUAUCAGUAGCAGUUUCUGAUUGAUACUAUUUAAGCAAAGCAGUUAAACCAGAUCCUGUAAGAAUGUUCAUUAAGUUUCUGAAAUCAUUAUUCAAAUAUUAUGUUUUAUAAUUUGUUUGUCAUAGGGAAUUGUUUGAAAUGUUGUUUGAAAAAAGAGAUUCGGGUUAAAAUGCUGAAUUGUGAUCGACUAGGGUUCAAUAACCACUGGCAGCUUGAAGCCCUCUCAGUUUCAGAUUGAUAAGUAUCUUAUUGUCUAAAAAAUAAAGCCGUCCUGUGCAUAUUGCUGACCAAGUUGCCACAAUCAUAUUGGUCUUGAAAUUGUGAAGCCUUAACCUAUAUAAUCCCCUGGCUCACAAUGGGUUAUUGCAAGAGUGCUGUUAUUGAUAAAAAGAAAUAUUAAAUAAAAAAAUAUGCUAUGUGGCAACCAUAAAAUGUCAUGUUUAAAAAAUCUGCUUUUUAAGCCAAGUAUUCUUUAAAAGUCAAAGCGAUUCAGAGCAGGCUCACAAUCAUUUAACUAGUCCACUUUAUAACAUUAAAUUAUUGACAACCUAUGAACGAUCAAGUGUAAAGAUCUAGUCAUUUUUUAAAGAAAGAAAAAUGUAUUUUUUGGAUAACUUGUAAAAAUAUUUAUCUCCUGUUACUUAAUUAUCAAAGUUUAUACUGUUAGUCAAGCAAUAUUUUAUACUGUACUUACAAUGUUUGCUACUUUUGAUAAAAAUGUAUUUAUUGGUCUCUUUUAAAAAUAAAAAAGACAAGAAAAU